AGGACCUUGUGAAAUACUUUGAUUCACCCCUGAUCCUCAAUUAAACCAUUAGCCCUCUCCUCAUUCCCCUCAUUCUCCUCAUUCCUGGCGCUCAACACAGGUUCUAGGACUAGUGUACUAGUUAUACUCUAGUAUAGAUACACCAUAUCGCUAUAUUUAUGCCACCAAGAAAGCCAAGGACAAUACACCCACUGUUUGCUAAUGUCGCUAGAGCAAAGGUCAUGGAUAAAUCUGGAUAUUAUGAAUACCAUAACUCACCAUCUCCAAGCGCCACUGCCACUACUGUCAUGGUUGAUGAUGAUAAUCCCCAAGGUAGUGCCAUAGACAGUGCUGAAUCUUCAAGCAUGAUUGGCGGGACCAAGAGAAUCAAUUAUUUUGGACUAGACGAAGAAAGUUCCGACGAGGAAGUGGACGAGGAACGGCGACAAAGCAUCAUCAAUGGAAAGCGAAAAGCAGAUGAACAACUAGAGCCUCUGCCGAACCCAAACCAGCGGGCUUUUAUUCAGCUCCCACAACCAACUCUACUUGAAAGGCAGGAUAGGAAUCUCGAUAUCUCAGUCAAGAUCGGUUUAAGAGAGCAAGGAGCAGUUACAAGAGCUUCGGCCAUUGAUCCGGAAUUCGAGUCGCCUCAAAACAACAAAAGUCUAGAAUCUAAAACGAAGGUGGAGUUCCGUGAAGCGCAGGCUAUGGUACGUGCCCAAGGAGUGCGGGUAGAUACUCUUCGAGACAGUAGUAAGAAGAGUUAUGAACGAUAUAUUCGACAUUGGAAGGUACGUUAAAGUAAUCAAAUUUUGCUAUAAAUUAUCAGGAAUAAAUCAAGCAUUCAAGCCGUGAAUUAACUCUCUUCUG